AUGGCGUCCACCGACGACCUCCCCUGCACACUCACGCUCACCAUACCGCUCCCCACGCCCACGCACGCAACGACAGCCGCCCGCGCCCUCUCCGUCGACGCAGAGCUCUCGCCCCUAGUGUCGCGCACCAUCGCCGUCUCAAGCGCCGACCCCUCCGCCCUCGACGUGCGCUACCGCGCCGCGACGAACCGCAUGCUGCGCGUGGCCGUGAACGGCUUCUUCGAGAGCCUGGGCGUCGUGCUGGGCGUCAUGGAGGAGCUGGAUGUCGAUACGGUGCUGCUGCCUGGGAAGGAAAGUGUGGGUGGCGCGCAGGGGCUGGGCGAGGUUAAGGCGUGA